GUGGUCCACAAGCUCCCCGUUCACGUCCACACACACACACACACACACACACACACACACACACACACAGAGAGAGAGAGAGAGAGAGAGAGAGCUGGGAAGAUGGAGAAGACGGAAACGAAUACGGACACGAGGGAAGGGGUGUUGUUGUAUUACAAGUAUGUCGCGAUACCGACAGAGGACCUUCAAGGAGUGUGUGACUGGAUGGGAGAUCUUUGCUCGUCGUUGGGACUGCGGGGAAGAAUUCGCGUUGCGCCCGACGGCAUCAAUGUGACGAUUGGCAUCUGCCAAAGACCAAUCAAUUCCAUCGUUCAAGCUGAAUGCGGUUUCCAAAACCUCUCUGUUCGGAUUGCAAAGGAGCUUGUGACUCUAGGACUCGGUCAAAUUGAGGAAGAAGCAGAUCUUAAAAACUCAGGAAUUCCAUUAUCACCUGAGGAAUUUCAGAAGAUGCUCGAGGAUGCUGCUUCUUCAAGUGCACACAUGGACGGCGGCAGCACGGUCACCGUUGAUGAUGGCCAUUGUUCCUCCCUGUCCACGGAGAAAACAAAGGACGAUGAACAAUGCUGCCCAUCUGUCAUUAAUGCUACGCUGCCACAGCUGGAACGUCAAGGAUCAAGUGCCCUGAAGGGGACACGUGCCGACACAGGUCUGCUUCAAGGGGAUUUCGAGUGCCACCCUGCUUCUAUUCUGCGCAAUGGAGAUGAAGAGUAUGAUGAGUCAGCAGUAGUUUUUGACCAGCCUAAACUCUGUCGUGCCAUGUCAUCACCACCGCCUGAUGACUCGGAACUUGGCGAGAAUGAGUGGAGAAGGUUGCAUGGGUCAGUGGCCCAUGACGAGAAUGGGACGUCAGUGAACCAUGGUGGAGCGUCGUCAUGUACGACGUGCGAGAGUUCCGCCUCCCCUGAGAGAGGAUUGCCAGCUGCAGGUGCAGGUGGGAAUGCAAUUGUCGAGCAGCGUGACUCGAAGGAGACCGUGGUAUUGGAUGUGCGUAACAUCUACGAAACGCGGAUCGGGAGGUUCGUGCCGCCUCCCGGGGUGCAGUUUGUAGACCCUCAGAUUCGCCAGUUCAGCGAUCUGCCGACGUGGCUUGAUGCUAAUGAGGAAAGUCUCCGCGGAAGGCGCGUCAUGAUGUACUGUACUGGGGGCGUCCGCUGCGAGAGGGCAUCAGCCUACCUUCGCUCAAAAGGAAAAGACUUUCAGGAUGUUGUUCAGCUGCGCGGGGGAAUACAUCGAUACCUGGAAUCAUUUCCAGAUGGAAAAUUCUUCAGCGGAAAGAAUUUCGUUUUUGAUCACAGGGUCUCUGUACCAAGUGCGCAUCCCACGACAGUGAUUGGAAGAUGCUUGGAAUGUCAUUCGCCUUAUGAUGAUUACAGUGCACGCUGUCGGUGCACAACUUGCCGACUGCUCAUUCUCAUAUGCCCAGACUGCCAGAAACGGAUAGAGGAGGAGGGCAGCAAGUCAAGCAAGUUUGUUUGCGAGCUGUGUAGAAGUAAGCGGCAUGAGGGACAGCAAGGAGAUUCCAUGUGCAGAAUACAGAAGGGGAACGGGAGCUGCCCCAGCAGGGGGAAGAGUAAAUCGGACUCGGUGCAGUCAGCACUUCUGCGAAACGAAACGGAUGAGAAGAGAGAGAAGAAGAAUCCAGGGAGGAGAAAAAGAAAAGAGGACAGAAAGCAACUUUUCCGUGCUGCAUGUGCAGAUGGGUUUCAUCAAUCUUCUAUAAGCGAUGGACCAACAAAGGACAGGCUGGAAGCAGAACAAGAAGAAGCAACUCCAUCCUGGAUUUUUGACGACACAGAACGCGAAGAGAAUACAAUGACGGAGGCUACCGAACAGAACUCCAUUUGCGCCGGCGGCAAAACAGUACAAAGUGAUCAUGUUGGACAGCCUGGCGUACAACUCCAUGGGAGAGAGAGGGAGAAUGUAGGCGCUGAUGAAUGCCCCACUGACGGUGUCAGAGAUUUGCGAAACUGUGGUGGCGACAGCGGUAUGAUUCCCUCAUUGUCAGGCGGAUUUCCUUUUCGUUCCGCAUCAUUGGACAGCAAUGACGACUACGAACAUAAGAAGGAAUUGGAGGGGGAGGUCAACGAGACAACCGGGAUCAGAUUGUUGACCACCGCAGAGUCACACCAACACCGCCUACGGAUCCUAUGCCUGCACGGGUUCCGUCAGAACGCAAGCUCGCUUCAGGGCCGCUUCGCGGCAUUGAGAAAGAAACUGCGGUCGAUCGUCGAUAUGGUGUUUGUCGAUGCUCCUCACGAGCUACCGCCGAUAGUCGUUACGAACGAUGACAAUCCACAUGCAGAAAGGGUAGAGGGUAACCCCCCCACAGAUGGUGGAAUUGAGAUUGACAAGAGAUCAGAUCGUGUGGUGCAUUUGGCGCCGAAGCCUCGGUACGCCUGGUUGAUCGGAUGCGACACGGGCGAGAGUUCACAGAGAGGGCCAGUCGGUUCGGGGAAACAGUUCGACGCUCAACAAUACAAGUCGCAGCGAGACGGAUGGUCAUCGAGUUUUUCACACUUGGCAGCCAUCUGCCAGCAGAAAGGACCUUUCGACGGCGUGCUCGGCUUUUCCCAAGGGGCUGCCGUUGCUGCGGUUUUGUGUGCUUUGCAGAUGCGGAAUGAGCAGCAGAAGUAUUCGAGCGCCGACUGUGAAAGAAGGCCCCGGUUCUCUGAAUUGUCCCCAGAGUCUCUUGAGUCACAGGGGAAGAACCUAUCAGCAAAGCACUUGUCAGCGUCUCCAGGGUUAGAAGGAAAAGACUCAUCUGCAAACAACUGCAUUGCGAAGGAAACAAGUACCGCUGCCGAUGCUCACAUCACAAUCCACCCAUGCAAUGGGCCGCCGCAGAAGCAGCAGGAUAGAGGUGGAGGAGUACCAGAGGACUGUUCCUCUCAUUCGUCUGCAGUUGCUGCCGCCGUAUCUUGCCAUCAUGUCGAAGAUGUGAGCACCGCAGCCGCAGGCAGUCCUUCUCUUGCUGCGGCAAUCCAUUCGCCUGACGAUCAGAGGGCGAUUGAAUUGGAUGUAGUAGAACCUUCUCGCUCUCUCAAUCUGCCGGACGCUCAUAACCCUAAUCGUCCUCAUCAUCAUAUGGGUGCAUUUCGUACCCGAUCACUUGUGUCGGAGCGCGCUGCUGUGAGAUCCCCAUUCGAUUUCCGAUUCGUAGUCCUUUGCUCGGGGUUUUUGUCGCCUGCGCCGGAGCAUGUGCAACUGCUACGGUGGGCUGAGAGCAAAGGGGGAAUAAACAUCCCAUCUCUUCAUAUCUUUGGAGGCCAGGAAGGUUCUGAUAGGCAGAUCAGCGAGACCGAAAGCGACCGACUUGCAGCCCUGUUUUUGCAAACGCAAAGGAAGGUCGUUUGCCAUGGCUUUGGACAUAUUGUGCCCUCGCAGCGGGAGUUUGUUAACCAAUAUGUAAGCUUCUUUAAACAGUUUCUGUAGUGCCAGCAUACAGCAAUAUGUUAAGCUUCUUUAAACAGUUUCUAUAAUGCCAGCAGACAAACGUAAUCCUGCUGCCGUCGGCUUUCUACGGCUCCACGCGG